AGGAGAUGUAAUGACUUCUUGGAAACAAAUUGUGCAUUGACAAAAGCUUGUCCUCAGACUAAUGCAGUUUUUGGCAAACCUGGUUUUAGUAAGGUUUAUGGUGGCUGUUCUUCUGAAGACAGAUAUUGGCACAGCAAGAGAUCAACAGCGAAUAGUCUGAAUAAACCAAACAUGUUUAAAAUUCCACCAAACUUGGCAUGUCCAAGUGUUGAUGAGAAGUACAGGCCCUGGGCACUGCAGAUUUCACGUGGUCUGAACUUAAACAUGUGUGACCAGCAGCUGGGAGUAUUGAUACUCAACAGAAAGAAAAUACAUGUGGAGAAGGAAGCAUCAAAGAAAACUGCUGAAAGCUUUGAGCAAACCCUUCAUACUUAUAUUGAAAUAAAAGCAAGAAGUUUGGCUGCAAGGGUGAAAGCAUCGAAAAAAGCCAGGUAUAACAGUCAUUUUGGGGAGCAGUUCUCACCAGCCAUAAAAGUGGUUACAGAAAUUUGUCCCACCAUUCUGUGUUCCUUGAAUGGUGAAAAAUUGCAGAAGGUUUGGACAGAGAAUGACUUAACUCAAAAAAGGAUACAAUAAUGCAGAAAUGUGGAAGGAGCAGAUGAAUUGAUUAUCAGGUGAGAUGAGCUGCAGCAGAAUUUGUAUUCAGCAGUGACAGAAUUAAUUUUGGAAGUGGAUCAACUGCCCCUCUCUGAGCACUCAGGAGCAUUACAGGAGCUGACAGCUUCUCUGGAGAUGAUGUAUGGUCAAGAUUCUGAAGCAGAGAGUCAGGAGGUAUUUCAACAGUUCUUUGAGUGGAUGAGUGUUAAAACGAAGAAAUUAAUUUGUGUCAGAAAUAAUAUGGACACAACUCUGCAAACUCUUGCUGACUGGUUCAUCCAGGAGCAUGAUGAAGCACAGAAGGGAGUAAUUAUGAGUACUCACAAUAAAGCCAUAUAUGAAGUUCAACAUGAGCAAAGUGUAACCAUUGUCAUACAGAAUAGAUACUUGGCCAGUGUUGAGAAGAGAGUUCUAGGAGUAUAUUGUUCAAAAAGCCAUGCAGAAGAGUUGUUGAAGAGAAGACAUGUUAUUCACUACUUAUUAUCUGUUAAGAAAACUGUGAAAAGCUUAAAGGCCCAGUUAAAGUGGAAGCUGUUUGAAAGGAGCAAAUUUUAUGGUGUUGGAAUUUUUCUUUGCAUUCAAAACCAGGAAUUUAGCAUAAAAGAAGAUGGAACACAUGAGGCAGAGGCUGUAAUGGAUGAUAAAGUUAAAUCUCUUCUCCUGAAUUUGUUCUGCUGUAGCAGACUGAUGCCUGAGCAGGUGCUGAGGAAUGAUUGCUUCCUCACAGUUGAUGUGGUUCCAGUUUCACUGCACCCAGGUGAAGAGUAUGAGCUGCACAAAAACCAAAAUUCUGAGACAACAGAUUGA